ACUGAGACCAACUUUUCAAACCAAGGUGUCCAAGGUGACUCCAAAGUCUUAACAAAAAGAAAAAAAAAUGGUAAAGGAAAAAGACACUGGAAAGAGAGUUAAUUUUUUCUUCUUCCAACUCCUCUGCAGAAAUGUACAGUUUCAGAAAUAUGCCAAUGCAGUCCUUGAGGAGCAUAUUUGUGUGUCUGUUCUUAUUAUCCUUCCUAAGGAUCUCAUCUGCAGCUACACUAGGCACAAUCACUCCGAGACGAUCUAUUAGAGAUGGCGAAACUCUGGUUUCAGCAGGUGGAGGCUUUGAACUGGGAUUUUUCAGCCCUGGUAACGCGAAAGGCCGGUACUUGGGGAUAUGGUACACAGUUUCUGCUGAUACAGUUGUGUGGGUAGCCAACAGAGAAACACCACUUGGUGAUUCGUCCGGAUUUUUGAAGCUGACCGAGCAAGGAGUACUAGUCCUCCUUAAUAGCUCAGACAACGUUGUAUGGUCAUCCAAUUCAUCAAGAACCGUGGGGAAUCCAGUAUCACAACUCUUGGAUACUGGAAAUCUUAUUGUGAAAGACGGAAAUGAAACGAACUCGGAUUACUUCUCGUGGCAGAGUUUUGAUUACCCUUGUGACACAUUCCUACCGGAAAUGAAGCUUGGUUGGGACUUAGCUAGCGGUUUAGAGAGGUAUGUCUCGUCUUGGAAGAGCACAGAAAAUCCUGCUCCAGGAGAUUUUUCACUACGGAUAAGUCGUUGGGGCUUACCACAACUUGUUACUAUGAAAGGAGCUAAGAUACAGGCUCGAGGAGGGUCAUGGAAUGGUGUUCAUUUUACAGGAUAUGGAUCUAGUGGAAUAAGAAACCCCAAUCCAUUACCUGGGGCUGAAUUUCGGUUGAACAAGAAUGAGGUCUACUAUGAGUACAGGCUCCUGAACAGGUCGGAGUUCUCGAGAUAUGUAUUGAACCCGUUAGGCAUCACACAACGGUUCACAUGGGUGCACCAAACACAGAGUUGGGAACUUUCCUUUACAUUCCAAGCAGAUCAGUGUGAAAAUUAUGCCUUGUGUGGUGCAUAUGCUACUUGCAAUAUCAACAACGCUCCAAUAUGUGCAUGCUUGAAGGGAUUUGCACCAAAAUCUCCAAAAGAUUGGAACUCAGGAUACUGGUCCGGUGGGUGCGUUCGAAGGACUCCGUUGGCCUGCAGCCCUGGAGAUGGCUUCCUAAAGUAUAAUGGGAUUAAAUUGCCCGACACAUCUACCUCAUGGUUUAAUAAAAGCAUGAGCCUCAAGGAAUGCAAGUCGUUAUGUUUGGAAAACUGCUCAUGUACGGCGUAUGCAAAUCUUGAUAUCAGGGAGGGAGGAAGUGGCUGCUUGAUUUGGUUUGACAACCUUAUUGACAUAAGAGAAUUCGCUAUAAGUGACGUUCAGGACCUCUAUAUACGGAUGGCAGCUUCAGAACUAGAGAGCAAGUUCAACAAGAAAAAACUACCAAUUCUCAUCAGCUCCGCAGUUUUACUCCUGGGAACGAUUAUAGCUGGAUUGAUAUUGUACAUACGGAAGAAGAAACUCAGAAAUGAAGGAGUCAGAAGAAAGGAUUUCAGAAAAGAGUACCUUGGAGAAGACAGGGAAGGCAUGGAGUUACCGCUAUUUGACUUGACCACCAUAGCCAAAGCGACUGAUAACUUUUCAAGCAGCAACAAGUUGGGAGAAGGUGGUUUUGGACCCGUGUACAAGGGCACAUUGAUGGGAGGGAAAGAAGUUGCAGUUAAGAGACUUUCAAAGGAUUCUGGGCAAGGAAUGAGGGAGUUCAAAAAUGAAGUAAUACUGAUAACCAGACUUCAGCAUCGGAAUCUCGUAAAGCUUCUGGGCUGUUGCACUCAAGAAGAUGAAAAGAUUCUAAUAUAUGAAUUCAUGCCUAAUAGAAGCUUAGACUUCUUUAUUUUUGUUUCUUCAGAUGAAGAGGGACGAAAGUUGCUCAACUGGCCUAGGUGCUUUCACAUUAUUAGUGGAAUUGCUAGGGGACUUGUUUAUCUUCAUCAUGACUCUAGAUUAAGGAUUAUCCACCGAGAUCUGAAAACUAGCAAUAUUCUGCUUGAUAAUAAUAUGAACCCGAAGAUUGCAGACUUCGGCUUGGCUAAAAUAUUUGACACAGAUCAAAGUCAGGCCAACACAAAGAGAGUGGUAGGAACCUAUGGUUAUAUGUCUCCCGAAUAUGCUGUAGAUGGAAUUUGCUCGAUGAAAUCUGAUGUCUUUAGUUUUGGAGUUAUACUGCUAGAGAUGUUGAGUGGGAAGAAGAACAGGGGAUUUUGUCAUCCGGAUCACCACCUUAACCUUCUUGGACAUGCAUGGAUGCUAUGGAUGCAAGAUAAACAACUGGAACUGAUAGAUAAGACUCUUUCUGAUUCGGGCAAUAUAUAUGAAGUGGUAAGGUGUCUUCACGUGGGGCUGUUAUGUGUGCAAAGAGUACCUGAGGAUAGACCAAGCAUGUCAUCUGUGGUUCUGAUGUUGAGCAAUGAUGUUGCGUUGCCUUCUCCAAAGCAACCUGGUUUUUACACUGAACGAAGUGUCACUGAAUCACCAUCAAGCAUGUGUCCGUGUUCAGAGAACAAUGUCAGCACUACAUGGAUAGAACCUCGGUAGAUCAUAUCAUUCUUGCGCUUGUUGAUGCCUCUGGUCUGGCUGUCAUCGUAAAAUGUGUUUGGUAGUCUGACUUGAACUUGUGUGAGAAAUUUUAAGGUGAAUUACAUACUUCAUUUUGUUGAUCGCCGGAAUUAACACCAAAUUUCUAAAUUUUCAACAAAAAAAAAGGCUCGGAAGAGAUAGGAAGUCGGUGCGGAGCUUUGAAACUA